UGAAGCCGGAUCCUCAUUAUCUGAUGACUGAGAAAGAAACCACGGCAUAUCAAUGGAUUUCAGGUCAUAAGAUCGGGCAUCAAUUCCUUGGUAAUGUGGCUGAACAUGAUCGCUGGAACUCAUUACCGGCGUACGGCGUGCUGUUGCUAAGGAUAGAGGCCUGUAAAGAGGUAUUGUCUCGAUUGCAUAAAAUAGGAGUCCGUCAUAGAGAGACCCAUCGAGUGAAUUUUCUCAUCCGUGAUUCGAAGGCUACUUUGAUUGACUUUGACACGGCUCAGGGAGAUGCGACGAUUGUGACUUGUUUUUACAAGAGUCUGAAAACUUAA